UCGCCCCGCCCCGCCCCGCGGCAGCUCGGCUCCGCCCGGCUCGGAGCGGCACGGCUCGGCAUGGCCUGGCUUCUGCUGCUGGUCGGGGCCGCGCUCCUGGCGCCCGCCGCCGCCUCGGAGGUGACCGCUGAAGAGGAGCAGUUCUUCAAGGCCUGGAUGCUGCAGCACGGGCGGCGCUACGGGGCGGGCGAAUACGAGCGGCGGCUGCGGGUCUUCGUGGGCAACAAACGGCACAUCGAGAGGCACAACGCCGGGAACAGCUCCUUCCAGAUGGCUCUGAACCAGUUUUCUGAUAUGACUUUCGCCGAGUUCAAGAAGCUGUACUUGUGGAGCGAGCCCCAGAACUGCUCGGCCACCAAAGGGAACUUCCUGCGAAGCGAUGGGCCGUGCCCGGGGGCCGUGGACUGGAGGAAAAAGGGGAAUUUCGUGACGCCGGUGAAGAACCAGGGCCCCUGCGGGAGCUGCUGGACCUUCUCCACCACGGGGUGCCUGGAGUCGGCCAUCGCCAUCGCCACCGGGAAGCUGCUCUCUCUGGCGGAGCAGCAACUGGUGGACUGUGCGCAGGCAUUCAACAACCACGGCUGCAGUGGGGGGCUGCCGAGCCAGGCCUUCGAGUACAUCCUGUACAACAAGGGGCUGAUGGGCGAGGAUGCGUACCCGUACCGGGCACAGAAUGGCACCUGCAAGUUCCAGCCAGAUAAGGCCGUUGCAUUCGUCAAGGAUGUCAUCAACAUCACGCAGUAUGAUGAGGCCGGUAUGGUAGAAGCUGUGGGGAAGCACAACCCAGUGAGCUUUGCGUUUGAGGUGACGAGUGACUUCAUGCACUACAGGAAAGGAGUCUAUUCCAACCCACGAUGUGAGCACACUCCUGACAAAGUGAACCACGCUGUCCUGGCUGUUGGCUAUGGAGAAGAAGAUGGGCUCCCGUACUGGAUUGUUAAGAACUCUUGGGGCUCUCUGUGGGGCAUGGAUGGGUACUUCCUCAUUGAACGGGGCAAGAAUAUGUGUGGUCUCGCUGCCUGUGCAUCUUACCCAGUGCCUCUGGUGUGAAAGGAGAGCGCGGGCUGGGGAAAGCAGGCAGAGAAGAGAGAACAAUCGCUGCGUAAAAUUCUAAAUGCUGAAAUCAAGAAAGUGGGAAGAAGAAAUAAGUGCUGAUAUUCCUGAGCUGCAGGAAGAUUCCUUAGCUUGCAGAGAGCGCCUUGGGGGAGGAGGCGCUGUGCCUGCUGCUCUCCCUGCUACCGACUGCUGUGCUCCCCUGCCAGGCCUGCCCCCCACUAGCAGACAGGAAGGAGACUGUUUCCAACCAGAGGCACCUCUGGGCCCUUUUAUUUUCUUUUAAUGCAGGUUUUCAUUUCUCUGGAGAAAGAUAAGUGUGGCGAUGUGUGACUUUUACGCGUUUUCAUUUCACGUUUGUAGCAUUUUUGUAAAAAAAACAAAGAAGAACAAAGGGGGGCAUUUCAGGGAUAGCUGGCCCACUGCUGUGCCGGGGCCCGGCGCUGCGCCGCCUCCCGCGGUCUCACAGAGCAGAAUAAAGCCGCCUUGUCACGUUC